GGAAAAGGGAGACAAGACAACGUCCCAGUGGUGCACAAGAUAAGUUUUAUUUCCAUCCAACGUGCAAAAGAAUGUUUCGAUCUUUAGUUGAGGUCAUCAACUUCAUCAGAAGCAACAACACUAUAACAUCUAACGAGAGGGAGACCAAUGCUCAAGAGCUUCAGGUGAGUUGAUCAGGUUGCUACUUGUAAAUAUCACAGCUUUACUUGUGUAUAAACUAGGUAAUUUAGAUUUACAUAGUCUUGCCUUGCCUCGAGGAGUUUCAAUCACUUUGUAAAAUGUAUUGCAGGGUCCUCAACUGCUUAAAUUAUCUGAAGACCGAAACCAUAGGAAACGGAAAUACAAUACUAGUAAUGUUGGUUCCGAAUCCAAGAAAGAAGAAUCUUCCCAGUUUCUUGGCGUACAGGGAUGAAGACUAAAGAUCAAUCAGGAGUGAAAGAAUUUUUCGAUGACGCAUAUGCAAACCUCAUGAACUUGCCCCCAUCAACCCACGGGGCGGCAAUCAUAGAAGAGGACAAGAAGCUUAGGGUUGAGGCUUUCCUUCUUGAUGCCCACGAAAACCUUCUCAAGGGUUUCCAGAAGGAAGAAACCAAAAUUAGGAUUCAUCCCCAAACCAUUCGCUAUCAAAAUGGCACUAGUCCUGGAGAGAUUGAUGGUGAGGUGAUGAACGGCGGCGAGCCUUCUCAACAUGCCCGCCAAAAUGCGGAGCCAUCAUCAAAAACUCAGGAAGGCGCAGGGAACAUUAUCCCGGAGCCGCCAUUACAGCAAGGUGGGAUUGGGAAUGCAAAUGCAGAUAAUAAGGAAGCAACGAUGAAUCGGUGGACGGAUAAAGAAAUGGAGGUGGUCGAAAUUUUUAGCCAAGGUUUGGGCGGCGACGGCAACGUGAAUAAUCAACAAGAUGAAGAAGACCUUGUGGAUUAUUCUCACUUUCUGUUUGAGCCUGAUCCUCCAGGUCUUUUUUGAGACAAAUAAAUAGAGGCAAAUGGCAAUAGCAGCAGCGAGCGAUGUACACACACAUUCAUUUUCAGAUAAAAAAGGAACUACCUUUUUUUCUGUUCUUUCUUAUCACAUUUUC